AAAUAAUUAAGUUACGGUAGACGCGAUUAUUUUUGGCGAGCGAUAAACCAAAACAAAGGAUCUAAAAAUUUAUUGAUCGAGAAAACUGUUCUCAACGGAGGGAAAAUUUCUACACUUCAUUCUACAGAGUAUCAGUGUGAAUAGGAUUUAUACUUUUAUAUAAAGUCCAUUGUUUAUAUUAUAAACAAUGGAUGAUUCUCGAUUGCAAAAAGUGGAACUGCAAACAGAUGUCUAUAUGGUGUGUUUGCAACAUGCUUUAUCGACAGAAAACUUUGAAGUGAUGGGUUUACUCAUUGGCAAUUUUGCAUGUGGAGUAGCAAAAAUAUCAGCUGUUAUCAUUUUACGACGUUUGGAUAAAAAGAAAGAUAGGGUAGAAAUUUCUUCUGAACAAUUACUAAAAGCUGCUGCUGAAGCCGAGCGAUUAACAGUGGAAUUAAAUCGACCUAUGCGUGUUCUCGGCUGGUAUCAUUCACAUCCACAUAUUACAGUUUGCCCAUCACAUGUCGAUGUCAGAACUCAGGCUACUUAUCAAACAAUGGAUCGCAGUUUUGUAGGCUUAAUAUUUUCAGUAUUUUCAGAGGGGAAAGAAACAAAGGAACAUGAGAUCUUUUUAAAUUGCUUUCAAUCAGAUAACGGUGAAGCUACAGAAAUACCAUUAGAGAUAGUAUAUACACCAGAUAUUUCGGAUAGAUGUUUGAGAACAAUGACAGACCUGUCAAAAAUUUUGGUACAAGAAGAAGAAGAUAUGGCUGAAGCUUGUAAAGAUCAUCCAGAUGUCCUUGCCAGUAUUCAUAAUAAUGCUGUCAGGACACGGGCGUUGGUUCACAUAACAGAUAUUAUUACAAAGCCUUUGGUACAAACAUUUGAAAAGAGAAUAGCAUUGAAUAAAUUGCGUGCUAUACAUCUUAAAAGACAAUUACAGGAAUUACAGAAAAUAUGUAAUGGAUAAAAAAUUUUUAGAAAGAGAAAGUAUAUAUAUAAAUUAAAAAAAAUAAAAAAAAUUUGUCUUAUUUUAAUAAUAAUUAAAAAAAAUUAUGGCAAUUGUCACACAAUUUUCUUAAAUCUAUUAAUAUUAAUGUCAAACUAUUCAUAUAUACAACUAUAUUUCAGUAAAUACUUAUAUCUUUAUUUGAAAUUUUAUUUUUCUUAACAUAAUUUAUUGAUGAACAGAUUAUUCAUACUCACAAAUAAAUUGUGAUUUAUAUCACGAGAGAUUUAGAGUCUCUUAUAUUAUAUUAUA